CGGGGCGCGCGCUCUCAGGCGAACACUGCGCGACUGCCCGCGAGGACCUCUCGGACUCACGAGGGAGAUUCCUCGUUUCAUUUCUUUAGUCUGUGGUGAUGUUUGGCAAACGGUGAGUUUUUGGCGGGUUAAUGUGUGCGAGCGAGAAGGGAGAUAUGGAGAGCCCGGCAGAGGAAACGGGACGGACGACCACACACACCACCAACAACGGCUCCAAUAAGAUCAUCGGAAGAAAUGUGAAUGGGACCAUGGUAGUUACGUCAGCGCCAUCUAACGAGGCCGAGCUUCAGUUGUACCGAGUAAUGCAACGAGCCAGCUUACUGGCUUACUACGACACGUUACUUGAAAUGGGCGGCGAUGAUGUGCAGCAGCUCUGUGACGCUGGUGAAGAAGAAUUCCUGGAAAUAAUGGCAUUAGUCGGGAUGGCAUCCAAGCCUUUACACGUACGGAGAUUACAAAAAGCUCUACAAGAGUGGGUGAACAACCCAGCACUUUUCCAGAUACCCAUCGUCCCUAACCUCUGUCCCACCGAGAACCCUUUCAUACAGUGCAACCAAAGACUUCUAAACAUCCCACCGACCAUACCAAAUUUACCACGAACGGUGUCAUCCCCUGACAAUAAUAGACCCAUGUACAGCCCCUCUCCUGGAGCGCCAGAAAAUAGCUGUGGGUCAAAUGCCUCCGCCCCCAAUGCCAGUCCAGUCCACAGUCAGGCAGCUUUCACCAAAAUAGUUCUACCAUCGUCUCCUGCCCCCACCGCUCCCGUUACAACCACUACCAGAUCCUUUUCCCCCCAAAGCGCCUGUCCUCCUGCCUCCUCAGGAUCUAGUCCCAGCUCAGUCACAUCCCCCGUCCAACUAACACCAGUCCUCUUAGACAUUCACGUACAAAAACUAGCUGCGGCAGCAGAAAAGUUGUGUAAGCACCUUCCGCAAUUCGAACCGAAGCCGCAAAAUACUAAGAAGAAAAUGUGCAAGGAACUCGAGUUGGUGAUGAUGAUGCCGGAGUCGGAUCCUCGGAGAAUGGAGGAGAUCAGAAAGUACGCGGCCAUAUACGGGAGGUUCGAUUGCAAGAGGAAGCCCGAGAAACCAUUGACACUUCAUGAGGUGUUAGUGAACGAAGCGGCGGCUCAGCUGUCACGAUGCUCGCCAGCGCUGCUCACGAGACGCGACGAGCUGUUCCCGCUGGCCAGACAGCUCGUCAGAAGAGCCGGUCUACACUACUCUAAACAUGGUCUCCCUCCUUCUGCGACAACGGAGGAACGAGAGCGUGAUGACGAGGAAACUCCGAGCAAGCGACCGCGGCAGGAGAGAGAGGACAAUGGUGUCAGAGCGAGUCCCGAAACAGCACGAUCCAAUUACAGUUGGUGGGGAAAGACGGAGAGUGACGACGCUGAUUCUCGCUGUUCAUACUCCAGCACCAGCACUCCGCCUCCUGAGGGUGAGGAACGUCCGCAGGUGGUAGCUGCUCGGGGUGACAGCAUCAUCGCUGUGGCGAACCCUGCGCUGGCACAUCCUCCACACCCUCACCCGCCUCACCCUCACCAUCCCGCCAGAAACCAUUCCAACUGACUACAAGAUAACCACCAGAUAGUGGAUACACGCGCGGAUCGUAUGGAAAUAACGUCUUGAAUUAGAAAUAAGAUGAUUAAAAAUGAAAAUAAUUAUUAAGGCGAUAAUUUUUUGCUACGUCCACGUUCUAUAUUUGUUAUAUAUUAAAAAAAAAAAAGGUUUGUGAGGAAGUGAUUAAUGUUAUUAUAUUUCCGUCCCUCAAACGAUGAAAACAAAACAAUUAUAGAAAUAUUUUUUCAUAUAAAGUCCUUGUCUGCAGAGGGGUUUCAAAUACUUCUUGCUCCCUCGUGUGGCAAAGGUUUAAAUCAUUGACAUCCAAGCUAUUUCUGUUAAAUGUAUUUUACAUAUUCUGAUGUUCGUUUGGGUCACAAUGUUUUUGAGUCAGUGACGGAUAUAAAGAUAUCUUGUAAUUCUGUUGCUACUUCACAAAAUGAGUCUCUUAUAACAGUUAUAAAAUACCCACACUGAUGUAUUGAAACCUCAAAGUCUAGUUUGUCCUCAGAACAGCUUGUUUUUUUUUUGUUAUAAUGAGGAAAUUUGCAGUUACUAGUUGUCUAAUAAAUAUUAACAUAUAUUUGCAAUUCAAUAUGUCUUAAUCAGUAACAUAUAUUUUUAGACGUCAUUAUUUAAUCGAUUUGCGAACCAUAUCCAGUUCAAUCAUCGCCUUAUAAAUUAAUUUCAUUGACUAAAUAUUAUUUUCAUUGUAAAUAAAUAAUAAUUAUAAAAAUAAAUAUACAUUCCAACAGAUAAUUAAGCAAUAUUUAUUUAAUGUAUCAUAGGUUAGUGACAGCCAUAUUUGCCUUGUAGUCAUUAUUUAAGCCUCGUUUACGUCGUCGUAAAAAGAGAUGGCGCCACUUUCUUUGACGAUGAGUUAAGGUUCGGUUUCUUUGUGUUUGCGAUGAAUCUGUGAAUGUGUUACAUUAAUAUCCAAUAUGGUGUUAUGCCUUUAUAUUUUUUUGUAAAUAAAAAACUAUAAAGAAAAUUAUUACUUUGAAACCGGAAAUAUCUUUUCAUGUUGUCUAGUAGACGAUUCUUAUAUAUUUUUUUUAUAUUUAAUACAAAAUGGAGUAUACUGUUCUAAAUCUACGGAACAUUUACUACAAAAACCAAAAUUUUUCAGUAAAUUGACUAAGAAAUAAUUUCAGGAAGUACUAAGUACUUCAGCGUCUUCAGAUUGAACACGAAAUUUGACGUUGUAAAUAAAACUGUAAAA